UUCUCUAAGCUGACGUACAACCGACGUACUACACAGAAGUCGUAAACAUAUACCAAAGUGCCUUACGGUUGUUGUACAGCUGACGCACGUGUUGAAGACCGAAGGUACUGUACUCUGAAGUGAAGAUCUUCACAAAAUGGCUAAAAGCCUGCGAAGCAAAUGGAAGCGGAAGAUGCGUGCCGAGAAAAGGAAGAAGAAUGCCCCCAAAGAACUGGCCCGGCUGAAAUCAGCCCUGGGCCUGGGCGGGAAGGGCGAGAUCAGCAUGAAGGAUGUGCAGGAGAUCGCCACGGUGGUGCCAGCCGAGAAGCUGAAAGAGAAGGCGGCGGAUGUGGAUAUGGACGGAGAGGAUGACACCGGUAACAUGGACUUGGACAGCAAACGCAACAAGAGGACCCAGCUGAAUGAGCACGGACAGUACCCUGUGUGGAUGAGCCAGCGGCAGGCCAAGAAACUGAAGGGAAAACGCACUGCAAAGAAAGGCAACGCCAAGAAGCCCAAAGGAGUGGCCUGGUAGUCUUGAGUUGGAUGGUGCAGAAGGACAAUGAUCCCAACAAAAGACUUGAUUCGAACCUUAAAACAACGGCAAGAGACUUGUAAAAAUGGUUUUUGUCAUAUUGUGCAAACUUCAGAUUACCAUUGAGUUUUUAAAAUCUUUGUCUUGCGUGGAGAAUGUGACAGGAAUGUUGUUGGAAAAAGUAAAAUGUGCUUGUAUGUUGUUGUGCAUUGACUGUGUAAACUGUUGUAAUUGUAUUACAGAUAAUGGCUCAUCGCA